AUGGAAACUUUGCAAUCAGGCCAGUCGGAAGGGCCUCCCUACCCCUCGUUCGGAGAGCUCAAAUACGAGGGAGUACGUGUCAUCUACACUCCCGCCACCCAGCGACUCUAUUGGGAGUUCGAUGGUGUCUUCCCUACCGCCAUUUCCGUUAUGAAGGAUAAGAAGGGUGCAAAGGACGAUCUGGAACCAUUCUUCAAUCCAGACACUGGCACGUGGCACGAGAUCUCGCAGCUGCCCCUCACCGAACCAAAGGUCUCGUCUCUUGAGGUUUCAGUUUUUGACCUCGAAGGACGACGAUGGGAAUUCGAUUGGGCGAAGUGGCAUGAGCAUCAUGGCACAACCUAUGAGUCUAAUUGUGCGGAGUACCAUAAGCGUCAUGGUGGUGAUGCCCCUGCACCCAUCCGCGGUCAACAAGAGUGGGUCACCUACGGAGAUCUUGACGACGACGUCCGGCCUUAUGCGAAGGAACAAAAGGAGGACGGUAGCUGGGAGGAGGACUCGGACACGGAGUUUCUCAUCAAGUGCUGUGGAGAGGACAGACCGCUUCGGAAGGGAGGGCUGAAGUUGGUGGUCACGGCUGGCAGCGAAGAUUUUGUCACGGUGCGUGACUUUGUCAGCGCUGUUCAUCCCUGGCUUAUGAGCUUGCGCGGUGAUAUUUUCAAAGCGAAGAUUGUCUCACGUGAGAGGCCGUAUUAUGGUGGUCCGCCGGAGGAAGACACAUGGAUGGUGGGCUUGCCCGUGGACAGGCAUUGUUCGCAGCCACUCGAGAUAGAGGAAAAGAGGGAGUGGGUUCGGCGCCAUAGCCCCAAUCGUCGUUUGCAUCCUAUGCCUCCCUCACUGGUGGCGCACCUCGCGCAGAGACGUGCAAUGAGGGAGGCGGGCAUUCCGUUGGGGCCUUGA